AUGGGCAAGAUGAUGAUAACAGAUGUCCUGCACCGCACUUUCGUCAGUGGACUGGCUGCACUAAGCGUGUAUGGGUUAUUCAUGGGCUAUGCUGUGCACCGCGAAACACUAGCCAAAGGGAGAGGUGAGAUGAUGUAUACCACCAAUUUCGCCCAAAGUUUCUGA